UCCUCACUUUGCUUUCUUUUUUUUUUUCUCUGUUUACUUACUUUCGUUGGCGAUUUGAAAAAACUAGGGUUUCGUUUACUUGGUGAAAAUACAGAAUGGUGAAGAAGGGAGGUACGAAGAGAAAGCCUGUGAUGACGAAGAUUGCUAACAAAGCUUCGCGCGCUACUACUUUCACCAAACGCAGAGACGGUCUCUACAGCAAAGCGGCUCAGCUUUGUGUUAUCACCGACGCUCAAAUCGCUAUCCUUGCGACACCAUCUUCUUCAAACUCCAACACUCCCUUCUUCUCGUUUGGUCACUCUUCCGUUGAGUCCGUGGUCUCCGCUUAUCUCUCCGGACAGAGACUUGCUCCUGUUUCAACGUGUGAUAAUACCAAAGCGACGCGAGAAGACCUAGGUAUAUGUAUGGCUCGCAAGGACCUAGGGUUAGGGUUUUGGUGGGACGAUGACAAGCUCGUCAACUCGAAUGAUCCGGAAGAGCUUAUGGAAGCGAUGGAGUCUAUGAAAGUACUACAGAGCCAUCUCAAGCGAUUGGAGGAUCAAACCCUAACAACAACAACAACGGUCGAUGAGGACAUGGUUGAGAUUUCACCUGAGUCGGAUGAAUGGAGCGAGAUGGAUCUUCAUAAACUCCUCCAAGAUUGUGAUUGUGAUGAUGUACCACCACUACAUGAUGUUGUUAGCAACACUGAAGAGGAUCAUAAUGUGUCUGAGCAAACCUGCAACAACAACAACUUUGUAUCAUUACCUGAAUUAGAUGAAUGGAGCGAGAUGGUUCUUAAUCAACUUCUGGAAGAUUGUGAUCAUGUACCAGAGCAUCAGAAUGUAUCUGAGGAAACCUGCAACAACAACAACUUUGUAUCAUUACCUGAAUUGGAUGAAUGGAGCGAGAUGGUUCUUAAUCAACUACUGGAAGAUUGUGAUCAUGUACCAGAGCCACCUGUCUUUGGCAAUACUGACCAAGAAGAAGAGGAUCACAAUGUGUCUGAGAAAACCUGCAACAACUUUGUAUCAUUACCUGAAGCAGUAGUUGGAAGCCUGGAAGAAGAGGCGAUGAAUAUUGAUUGGGAUACUGUUUUUGCAUCCGGUGAGGAGCUUCUUAGUGAUGAGUAUAAGAUGUAUGUAUAGAAAGAAAGCUCGAUCUAAUGUAAAUCUUGUUUAGAGACUAUUUUCAUG